UGACAGCUCUAAGCUCAUCAUCCUAUUUGUUUACAUUUUAAUUUUUUCUAACAUUAUAAGUGUUUUUUUCUUGAAUAAAAUCUGUAUGUGAGUUUCCCAAUCAAAAAAAUAAUAAUAGUGAAAUGGGCGUUUAUAAAUCAAGUUGGACUAUAUUUACGAUUUUAAUUAAUCUAAGUAAUCAUGUUUUAAAAGCGGAUGUGUCUCUGCUGUCUUUCAGUGGAGAAGGUUAUGUGUUUCCAUAUCCAAAAGAAUGUUCUGAUAUAUUGGAUACUUUUGCCCAAUAUGCAUCAGACUUUACACUUUGUUCCAUUCAAAAUGCCAGACCAAUACGUCUCUGUGAGAAAUGUGUUCAUCAUUAUGUAAAUUUUCAUGACAAAUAUCAAGAGUUGAUGACUACCGAGUCAAAUGGGACAAAGUGUCGCAAUAUAUUCAUUUCUCAAGAUCGCCUAGAUGCAAUACUUGAAUAUCAUGAUAAUAUCUUAUCAGUGUGGAACAAAGGGCAUUGUGCGGCUUGCUUUGAAUGGACUGGAGAGCAUCCUGUUGUUUCAAACCAAACUCAAAAGUUUAACAAGAUGUUUAAUGAGACCAUGCAGUGUAUUGUCACCAACUAUAAUUUAAACAGCACAGAUAUUUGUAACACUUGCAUGCAAUCUUAUCUGAGUCUAGAUGAGUUUUACAAAACUCUGAGUUCAGAUGCUAUUGGAGUGGAUGUGGUAUGCAUGGACAUAGUUGAUUCUAUGAAUGCCACCAGGUCAAUUUGGAGCAAAACACUUAACUGCUGCAAGCUUCGAUGGACUCCAGAAAUUUUAUUUUUGUGUUGUUCUGGAAUAAUAUCCUCAUUACCAAUACUUUUCUAUUUAGCAGUUAGGUACUGUGGUCCCAUAAGAGAUUUGCCAAAUGUUUUGAGACAAUCAAGGUUCAAGCAAGCCCUGCUUAGACGCAGCAAAUGAUACAUAAUUUGGAAAGGAGUAAUACAAUACACAUGCAGUAAAUAGUUAUGAAUUUGAGAAGAAAAUAAUUUGCGGCCAUGAACAAUAAGAUUGACUACCUCUACUUAAAUUCUAAAACUUCCCAAGGAAUUUUAUUGCUAAUUUGUAUAAAAGAAAUACAUUAUUUAGAUUGUAAGUAACUUUAUUGUUUUCAGAUUUUAUAAAACGCAAAAUAAAUAGACUGUUGAUAAAUGAA